AUGUCACCUCUACAUAAACCUGCACAUUUAUGUUCACUACUAACUUGAAUUAGAUAAUCGUGCUUUGGUACUGUAAGUGCAUAAACCAUAAAGAAAAAUACCUUAUACCGUAUUUAAAUAGGUUCGAUAAGGUAACACGAUCGAUCUUAUCGAUUCUGAUUGUUUACACUUAAUUAAUUGUAAGUAAAAUUAAGGUAGAUGUAAUCAUUCUCAGUGUGUUUGUCGGUGUACCUGAACAAAUGGGGAGUCCGUACAUUUACGACGAGCAAACAAAUAAAUAGUACGAACAUAUACUUAAAUAUACCAAAAAAAAACUAUAGUUUUAUGAUGACAAGUACACGAUUGGAUACUGAUGAAGCAAAUAUAACAAAAAUAAAAAAAUACGGAAUAUAUUCUGAAUUCCAUUGUUUUAAAAGAUCUGAAGAUUACUUAGUCUCUAACAUUCAUCGCAGUACCUUGCGAGAAUUGGGGCCGAAACUUUGGGAUAACAAGAUUAUAAAAGCAGUUAAUGAUGAGCGGCCAAGCACUCCAACUGAAGAUGGCGUCAUCAAUAUGUACCAAAAAAAUAAGAAAUUACAACCGCAAGCUAAAAUAAUGAAUCCAUGUUUAUGCAAAACAAGAACCAAUAGGGAAAGAAGUUACGGUACCGACAUAAAGCAUACGUGUACAGACAAUUGCUAUUUUGGCUAUUUCGAUACAGACAUAUCUCGAUUACUGCAUGAUAUGGACUAUACGUACAAUACAGUUCAAAGCAUAAUGCAAGGCGUUAAACCAUGUAAGAGGGAAUGUGCUUCUGAAUUCAGCUCGAUUUUAUUAUUAGUAAUCGAUUCUCAUAGAAUUGACAAAUUCUUCGAAAUUGAACGCUUAAAGAAAUUUAUUAAAAUGAAAAAAGAACAGUAUCAUCUUGGAGGAGACCAGGACCCUACUAUUCAAUCAACUUAUCUGAAAGAUGCAUUUGACGUAACAUCACCACAACAAUGCAUUGGAUUGAAAUUAUUAUUAUGCAAAUAUUUAUUAAGUAAUAUUAUGGAAACUAUAACUUUCGUAUGUAACUAUUUUCUUAAUAAUCAACACCGUAGAGCAUCUUUGGUCUCCUUCCGAAAUUGGUCUUUCAUAAAUAUAAUUCAAGGAUAUAUUUUAAGUAUUAUCCUACGAAUGGCAAACAAAAAUAAUUUGUAUGUAUUGACGAAACAGCACAUCGUUUUAAUAACAGAUGCGGCACUAAAUACAAUUGCACAAGUUGAAUGUGUAAUAAAAAAUGGGAAGUUUUUAGAAGAUGCAAAUCUUUUUUCAAGAUAUUAUAUGACUGAGGAUAAUGAGACGAACAAAGACCAGCGAAUUGCUGUAAGAAAGUCCUCAGUUUUACAAAUAUUGUACGUCUAUUACAUAUUUGUUUUAAAAUCAGUGAGGUUACUUAACAACGCCAUAUGUUAUGAUACACCGAUGACACACGAUAACUUUAUGGAACAAGAAGAAUUCUCGGAUUCUGGAGGAAUAGACGACGCUACCAUCACUCUUUCCAACGCAGCUUCCGUCAACAUAAUAAGGUCCGACUUUACUAUAAAUAUCACUAUCAACAAGAGUGCGGCAACAUCUUUCAUAUUUACUAUAGAAGAUAUCACGGGCCCGUGUAAAGAACUAAAAACGAAAAGCGUCAGCACACUGUGCAAUACAGAACUUGAAAAUGAUAACCAUAUGUCAAUUUUCGGGUACAGCAAAUUAUUGCUGAAAAAACUAGUAAAUAGUUCCAAAACAUUGAGCGCUUGCCUUAAUUUAAAACAAGAAGAACUGAUUACCGAAACUAUAUUUGAAGAUACCGAGACUUCUGCAGACAGCUAUGUAAAAAUUGUCCACAAUUACUUGAAGCGAUUCACUUGUCAAACGUUUUGCACAGAUUUAUUUACAUGUCUUACACAAGCUGUAGUAAAUAUGUUUUUUAGUUUCCGAUUAUAAAUAAAAGAAUCGAGUUUCA